ACAAAAACAAUAGUGAAAGCGCUUUUCACAAGCGUAGAUAUAGUGUGAGCUGGAGUGACACCGUAUAUAAAGCCUUUGUAGCAUUAUGUUUUCAUUCUUCACCCGUACGGUACAACAGCUCUUCUUCACUCAGCAGCUUGUUCCACUUCUAAGAGCAAUGGCAGCAGCAGUCUUUUCCAGAAUCAGGGGACCAACUAUAGCCACCAAAGGCUUAUUUCUCAUCUUCUCUCUGCUGUGUCUUGCUUCAGUCGCAAGUUCCCAAGCUUCCGAGGAACAACAGAUACUUGAGGCGAUCAAGCAAGGAGUAAAAGACACAAACAGAUGGAAGGCAGAAGACAAAUAUAGAAAGGAAACAAUCACAAUACUAUUGGAUCUCUCAAGUUCACUGACCCACAAGGGCCAACUGGAACUAUUCCAGGAAACCCUACAAAGAGCUGUAAAUUUUGAAGAAAGGCUGAAGGCAAGAAGUACAAAGAUUUUCCAAAUGGUAACAAGAGAAAUUGAUGAACUGUUAGAGAACUACACACAUCAAGUGAAACUGGAGAUGUUAUUAGAAGAGUCCCCGCCAAUUCAGGAAAUGAAUGAAAUCAAUUUGCGCCUUGUAAAGAAUGGGAAAAUUUGCAUGGACAAGAAGAAGACUUUGCAAGAUGAAUCAAGAACUGUAAAAAUACUCGGUGGGGUGAUCACCAUCUUUCAUUUACUUUGGCAAAAUGUUGUAGUAAACAAAGAAUUUCUUUGGUUUUACGACAAUGAUUCUUUAAUUUAAACAUUAUACAUUUGUAUGCAAUUUAAAUAAAUGUAUUAUGUGAA